UUCUCUUUCUCUCCGCAUUUGUAAUCGUUCCAUGACCACCAUCAUUUAUACACUGCUUUGAUUGGAAUAUUGGAACUCACCACCAAGAAGUACGAGUUAAGGUCAGCUGGAUAUACUGUGUAUGCCCUUCAAACCACCGUCAAGGACAAUCGUGUCGUCAAUCACAAGGAGCUCGUGGACCCUGCAGCACCACACAGCAAAAACAAUAACACCAACACCAACACCAACAACAAGAACAAUAACCAACCGCCUCAAGAUGUCGUCAUCUUCGUCGUCCUUCCCGCCCCCAGACCUCGCCGCCGCCGCCGAAGAGGUCGCCACACUCCUCCGCGAGCGCAAGGAAACCAUUUCUGUCGCCGAGACAGCCGCCGGCGGUCUCGUGUCCGCGGCGCUGCUGGCCACUCCCGGAGCCUCGCGCAUCUACAAGGGCGGACUGACCUUGUACACGCUGCCGUCGCGCGUCGCAUUCGCGGGCUGGACCCAGGAGAACAUCGACAAGUACGACGGGCCGACGCCCGAGUUGGUGGCCGGCCUGGCGACGCACGUGCGCAAGACGCUGGAGUCGGAUUACUGUGUCGGAGAGGUUUGUAGCCAUCUAGUACCUGCCUGUCUUUACUUACCUUUGCCGUCCUAUACUUUCCUGUUUUCAUUCCUUUGGCACGGCUCCUUGUUUUCCCCUUGAUGUGAUUGGACCCCCCUUGGCCAGGUUCUUUUGCCUGGGACGUACGAAUGGUACGAAGUAAUACCGAGCCAGAACUUGAAGAACUUACGAAUUUUUGUGUUUCAUUAGAGUGGCACUGCAGGACCUACGGCGAGUGGGAAGACGCCGAAUAGGCAGCCGGGCUACGUGGCAUUGGCGGUGGUCGGGGACAAAGGAGCCUUGAGUAAGGAUCUGACCACGAGUUGUGGCAACGACAGGAAUGCGAAUAUGGUGGCUUUUGCGAUCGAGGCGCUGAAGCUGGUCAAGGAGUAUAUUUCGGCGACUGCGGACAAGGGUGGGAAGAUGUGAUUACGUUUGGAGACGUGUGGGUGUCGCGGGACAUGCAUGCAUGCGACUCAGUCUUUGCCAGAGGUUGAUGCACACAAGCACUACGGAUCACAGAGUAAAUCUAUCAGACAGGUUUGCCAUGCUAGGAGUACUACGUAUGGCGGUGAGAAGCCCAGUCUGCCCCCAGUACCUUGCAUUGUAGAGUUUGAGAUUUCACGUCAAUUUGUCCUUAUACUUCUUCUGGAAGAUUGGAGAGUUGUCAGUUGAUGUGGAGGUCAAGUGGCUGGCCGAGGAGGGUGUGUGUCAAAAUCCUUCCGAGGUAGUAUUGAACACUUCCCAUAAACCAGAAAAAAGGAUCUCGAGGCGAUGGCCAAUCGCAUUCUGAC